CCCACUCCCGCCCAGCGCAGCCGCCGCGGCGGGGCCGGCACCACCCGACGUGCCGCACCAUGGGCAGCCAGGGCUCCAAGGCGGCGGGCGGAGACCCCGACACCGCCAAAGCCAACGGGCAGGAGAACGGCCACGUGAUCUACAACGGGGACAUGACGCCCAAGGUGGGGGUCGAGGUGUCCCCCCAGAACGGGAACGGCUCGGCUGAACCCCCCAAGGAGGAGAGCGAGGGCGAGCCGGGCGGGGGGGACGCCAUCGAACCCGCCCCCCCCGCCGACGGGGGGGACCCCAAGCCCGAAGAAGGGGCCGCGGCCCCCAAGGACGCCCCCAAGAAGAAGAAGAAGUUCUCGUUCAAGAAAUCCUUCAAGCUGAGCGGGAUCUCGUUUCGGAAGAACAAGAAGGAGGCCGGGGACUCCUCUGGCUCCUCUCCCACGGAGGAGCAGGGCAAGGGCGAGGAGAGCCCCGCGGGGGGGGUGCAGCCCUCGGCUCCCCCCGAGGAAGGGCCGGCCGAGGAGCAGGGGGGCCCCGGGGAGGGCAGCGAGGGAGCUGAGCCCAAGGGGCAGGAGGGGGAAGCCGGCGGGAGCAAGGAGAAGAAGGAGGAUGAGGAGGAGAAGGAGAAGCAGCAGGCGGGGGAGAGCCAAGGAGGAGACACAGCCAAACCCGAGGAGCCCUCGAAAGCCGCGGGGGCCGAGCCCACAACAAGCCCCGCGGCGGCGGUGGAGCAGAAGGAAGAGUAGAUUCCACUUGGCAUCGUCCUCACUGGAGACUCUCACGCCGUCCUCUCCAUCCUGGAACACCACGGACUCGCCCACACAAUUUUCCCCCCACCCCAGGCCCACCUAGAACUGACACCACUCCCCAGACCCCACACGCCCCUCGAGGUAUUUCUUCCUUCCCCCUCUCCUCCCUUUUUUUCCCCCCUGGUAGAAAAGCUGGUUUGGAUUCCCACACCACUGCCACCACUUGGAGUAGUUUUACCUGAGUCCUUUAAAAAAAAAAAAACAAAAAACAAAAAAAACCUGGGGGAGGAAGAUUAUUAUCCUGGACAUCACUGGAGUUUUACAGUUUGUAAGAAAACAGAUCCCAACGUUCCUGCUCUGGAUCUCUGCGGCCUCCAGACUGUCCCUUCUCCUCCCAGCAGCUUUCCAAGCCCACUGACUGUUCAAUGGAUUUUUUUUUCUUUUUUUUUUCUUU